CCCACCCAAAAAGAUCCCUCUCCGUUCGCCGCUCCGGCCGUCUCCGUUCCAUGGCAUCCUCCUCCGCUUCCUCCUCCACCGGCGCCGCCGUCGCAUCCGUGCCCGGUACAACUUCCGGCGGAAGCAUAUUCCCAGGGCCACCUCCGCCAACGCCGUCGAACCACAAGCCGCUCCCCUCCACCGCCGCGGGGGGCACCACCGAGGCCGCGCUCUCUGCUUUCCUCAACCGCAUGCUCCUCUCCACACCGGCUCCAACCCUGCGCUCGCGGCCCUCCUCUCGCCUGAAAACCCGGACGUCGGCGCCUCCGAUUGUUUCGCUCGACUCCCCCGACUUGGCCCCCCUCUGCGCCGCCGCCGACGUGGGCUACUUCCACCUCGCCGGCCAUGGCAUCCCUUCCCAGCUACCAUCCUCUGCCCUCUCCGAGAUAUCUCUACUCGACGCGGCAGCGCUGCGCGCGACCAACCUCUGCACGCUCGGGUUCUCGGAGGAGGACCAGGAAGAAGCGGACGGAGGCGAUGACGACCCCGCGAUGGUGUUCGACGUCGACGAGCGCGGGAUGGACGCGCUCCCGGCGGCGGUGGAGUACGCGCGGAGGAUGAGGGAAGUGGGGAUGAAGGUGGUGCAGCUUCUGUCUAGGUGUCCUGAGGUGGGUUUCGCGGAGGAGCCGUUCGCGGAGGGAAAGAGGAAGCCGAGGUGCCUGGUGUGGGUCUCCAAGGCCGGCACGGGCGAGUCGGCGGCGGCGCCUCCGGCCGCCGGCAAGGCGAAGGCGUACCCGUACGUCCUGGGACUUCAUUCCCAGUGGGAGCAGGAGGCGGCUCCGUCGAGCUGGGUGAUGGACGACAACACCGGCGAGUGGACGGCCGUAGGCGCGUCCGACAGCGCUCUCCUGAUCACCAUCGGCGACAUUGCGCAGGUGUGGAGCAAUGGCAAGUUGAAGAAAGUGAGAGGGAUGGCUCGCCCCACCUCUGCCCCAAGCAGUGACGGGAACGCCGGCGAGCCAGGUCGCCUGUCCAUCACCGUGCUGAUCACGCUGCCGUUGGACAGCGUCAUCUCGCCGCUGGUGCUGCCGUUGGACAGCGUCAUCUCGCCGCUGGUGCCGCCCUCCGAUGCCGGUGAAGAGGGCUUGGGUGAGGAUGAGGAGAAGGAGGCAGAGGGUGCAGACGGCGAUGGCGAUGAAUGGAAGUUUCGCUCGUUUUCGCUGGAGGACUAUGCAUGGAGGGUUUACCACGAGCGGCUUCAGUUCAAAGAUCCGCUUGCCCGGUACCGGAUUUGAUAAGUUUGUUCACGAUUGCUCUGUAGCUUUGUUUGUUGGUGCAUGCGCACAUCUGCUUGUGGUCUCUGGGACUUCAUCGGAGUUGGGUUUGAAGAACGACAUGGGUAAAUCAUUUGUUGUUUCA